CAAUAAUUAUAUGUUUCAUCACAAUCUGUUAUAUGACUCCAUAUAGCAGAACAAAAUCUAGCAGAUAGAAGUAAUUUAAAUGCUGUAUCCACACAAGGAUAAAUAAGACCAAUAUCAGAGGAUUCUUCAGUAACAAUAUAAACUUGUUAAAAAUGGAGAUUGAACAUAAAUAUACAUUUGUGCCUCUUGUUCAAAAAAAUCUUAUUAAUAUAAAUGAUAAAAAAAUUCAAGAAUUUCUUUCUAAAUGGGGAAUUAAAGGAAAUUUUAUUAUCCAGCAUUUUACAUUCAAUGAACCUUUUCAAAAAUAUCAUAAAUAUCAUUUAGCUGAAGCUUUUUUUAAAGAUAGUACUGUUGCUAAAGAAUUAUUAACAAAGCAAGGAAAUUAUUGGGCAAAACAAGAUAUAAUAGCAUCAAGUGUAGAAAUAAAUCCUAUUUCUUGUUCUGUUUUAAAUAUGUCUUUCUUCAAUAAAUUAAAAGAUCCUAAAAAUGGAAUUGUGCACAAGUCUGGAGCAAUUUGUAAAAGAUUUGAUAUGGAAAUAGAAAAUUUUCUAAUCUCUGAUAAUCUUAGAGCAAUGUUAUUAGAUGAAGAAUGUCCAGAGUAUAAUUUAUAUUUAAAAGAUGAACGAGAAGAAUUUAUAUUUUUUAUUUUUCAAAUGCUUGUUCUUGGAGGAAUAUUGUGUCAAUAUGAAGAUAUUUUAAAUCCAUAUUUAGAAGUAACAAGAGCCAUGUAUAAGGAUUUAAUAAAAGUACAAAAAAAUGAAGAUACUGAUUUAUCAAUUAGUACAAUAGUUUUACAAGUAGUAGCUAAAGAUAGUAAAGGAGAAGCAUAUUUUCCAUAUGAGCCAUCACAUAUGCAAAAUAUAGGAUUUCUAUUAAUUGACAGUGUAACUCAUGAAAUUACAACAUUUUUGCAUCAGUUUGGCGAAUAUUGUCUUUCACAAUGAUUAAAAAAAAUUUACAGAAAAUUAUAUCAUAAAUAUAUUUUAU